CAGGUUCUUAACCGACUAAGCCACCCAGGUGCCUGGACACCGAAACACUUUUUAAGUAGCAGAGAUGUGGCCUCAGCGGUGCAGGGAAAAGUGAACCUUGUGGCUGUUUAAGGCCUGAAAGAAAGGUACUAUAGGAUCCCUAGCGUCCUCAGGACUCAGGAUGGACGUGCAUAUGAAAGUUGCACUCAUCUUAGGAUACAAAGUAUUUUGGUGACGUACUUGCUGAGAAUGUGUUGCUUCAAUUAGAAGAGGCCCCAGCACUAACAAGGUGAGAUAAUGGACCUAAAUCUGAGCACCUGGGGAAAACACAAGCACUCAGGUUCGGGUAGGGAGACUGGCUUAGCAGCUCGUGUUCAGGAAACAACAGUAACAAGCAUGACAGCCAGAAACACCGGUAGUGGAAACUGUGAUAUGAACCACCAGCAUCAUGCAUUUGCCAGAAAAGCCAGGUCCUAUUGGGCUGUGUUAAUAAAAGCACGGUAUCUGGAAGGAAGGAGAUUAUAGAGUCCAGACCAUUGUUGGCCCCCCGUGGUCAUUUGUGGUCACCGGUGUUAACCUAAGGUAGUCAGUGGGAGGACAGCUGCAGAGGCAGAACCACAGGAGCUGGGAUGAUGUAGCUGAGAAAUAAAAGCACUUCCUAACAAAUGUAGAUACUCAAAACUGGCUUGGGAUGCCUUUUGCCAAGUAGUGAGUUUCUUAUCCCUGGAAGUGUUUAAGCAAAAGCUUGACUCACUGGAUCUGGGUGCCUAGGGAGGCUUUCUACACCAGGCAGAAAGAGGGGUCGUCCUUCCCGCUUCCUCCCACUGGAUGAUCCCGGUUUUUCCUCCAUCACCUGCUCACCAUUUCCCCGCCUACCUGGCUCUGAUUCUGAUCUGGGGCAGCUGCAGAAGGGGGCGAAGAGGAGCCUCUGGAUUCCUGACUAGCUAGUGGCCCUGGCCAGGGAGCAGGUGGAUCCACUGACCGGCACACCCAGGGCUAGUGUGCAGACUGCUGGCAGGCAGGGAGUCAGAACUGGCGAGCAGCGAAAUGACCCCGCGUCCCACCUUCUCGGGACAACACUGGCAACUCCAGCUCCACCGAGACGAGCAAUGAUCCGGGCGCACAGCCUGCAGCGCCAGCCUUCCUCCGAGUGUCUCUUUCUUCCCCGGGCCUCAGUCUGACGCCCACAGCCCUUCGCAGAAAGCCGACUCCCAAACCCGGGCGGAGGUGUGGGCCGAGGCUAAAACCCCGCCCCCAGGGGUCCCUGAUCUUUGCCCUCGCGCUGGGCUCCGCGCCUCCCCAAGAGGCCACCAGCCGGCGGACGGCUCUGCCUUUUGUGUGUUUCGCUCCGAGGUGCCAGAGACCACCCCCCGCCCCCCAGCCGUCCCGCGCGUCCCCUCGCGGCCCCCGGCCCCUCCUCUCGGAGUCCCCCAGCCCCCCUGCUCGGCUCCGCGUGCCAGCUCGGGGCUCGCUGGUUCGCUCCCUGCGGCGCCAGGAGGAGGGGCGAGGGCCGGCAGCCCCCUCCCCCGCGCGCGGCGCCGGAGCCCAGCCGAGCCGGGGGGACCCGCCGCCGCCGGUCAUGUGGGCCGGACUGCUCCUCCGGGCCGCCUGCGUCGCGCUUCUCCUGCUGGGGGCCCCGGCUCGCAGCUACACCGGGAGGAAGCCGCCCGGGCAUUUCGCCGCCGAGAGACGCCGGCUGGGCCCCCACGUCUGCCUCUCAGGCUUCGGGAGUGGCUGCUGCCCUGGCUGGGCCCCCUCCAUGGGCAGUGGGCACUGCACCCUGCCGCUCUGCUCCUUUGGCUGUGGGAGUGGCAUCUGCGUCGCUCCCAACGUCUGCUCCUGCCAGGAUGGAGAGCAAGGAGCCACCUGCCCAGAAGCCCACGGACCUUGUGGAGAGUACGGCUGUGACCUGUCCUGUAACCACGGCGGCUGUCAGGAGGUGGCCCGAGUGUGCCCCGUGGGCUUCUCCAUGACGGAGACGGCUGUCGGCAUCAGGUGUACGGACAUCGAUGAAUGCCUAAGCGCCUCUUGCGAGGGCCAGUGCGUGAACACGGAAGGCGGGUUUGUGUGUGAGUGCGGGCCGGGCAUGCAGCUGGCUGCCGACCGCCACAGCUGCCAAGACACUGACGAAUGCCUCGGGACCCCCUGUCAGCAGAGAUGCAAAAACAGCAUAGGCAGCUACAGGUGUUCCUGCAGACCUGGCUUCCAUCUCCAUGGCAACCGGCACUCCUGUGUAGAUGUAAACGAGUGUCGGAGGCCGCUGGAGAGGCGAGUCUGUCACCACUCCUGCCAUAACACCGUGGGCAGCUUCCUGUGCACAUGCCGACCUGGCUUCAGGCUCCGAGCUGACCGCGUGUCCUGUGAAGCCUUCCCGAAAGCCGUGCUCGCCCCAUCGGCCAUCCUGCAGCCUCUGCAGCCGCCGCCCAAGAUGCUCCUGCUGCUCCCAGAGGCCGGCCGGCCUGCUCUCUCCCCCGGACACAGUCCUCCUUCCGGGGCCCCGGGGCCCCCAGCUGGGGUCAGGACCACCAGUCUGCCUUCUCCCACCCCUGUACUACCCACAUCCUUGCCGUCUGUCCCAACUCGGCUGGUGGCUACCCCCAUGCCUCGUGCCUCCCUCUUGGGGACCCUUGGACCUCCCUCACAACCACAGGAGGGGUCCCCGUCCUUGCCCAGGGGCCCAGCAGCCACACAGGUGGCGCCAGGGUCCUCUGCCUGCUGGCACCUGGGAGCCACGUAUGACUCAGGGAGCCGCUGGACAGAGCCUGGGUGUUCCCAGUGCUGGUGCCAGAAUGGGGAGGUGACCUGUGAAAAGGUGACAUGUGAAGCUGCUUGUUCCCACCCGGUUCCCUCCAAAGAUGGGGGAUGCUGCCCGUCGUGUACAGGCUGUUUUCACAGUGGCGUCAUCCGAGCCGAAGGGGACGUGUUUUCCCCUCCCGACGAGAACUGCACUGUCUGUGUCUGCCUGGCCGGAAAUGUGUCCUGCAUCUCCCCCGAGUGUCCCCCCGGCCCCUGUCAGAGCCCCCUGAAGUCAGAUUGCUGUACUUGUGUUCCAGUGAGAUGCUAUUUCCACGGCCGGUGGUAUGCAGACGGGGCUGUGUUCAGUGGGGGUGGUGACGAGUGUACCACCUGUGUCUGCCAGAAUGGGGAAGUGGAAUGUUCCUUCACACCAUGUCCAGAACUGGACUGCCCCCGAGAGGAGUGGUGGCUGGGCCCUGGACAGUGCUGUUUUACCUGCCGGGAACCCACGCCCAUGACAGGCUGCUCUCUCGAUGACAACGGGGUUGAGUUUCCGAUUGGACAGAUCUGGUCUCCGGGUGACCCCUGUGAGUUAUGCAUCUGCCAGGCAGACGGUUCGGUGAGCUGUAAGAGGACGGACUGUGUGGACUCUUGCCCUCACCCGAUUCGGAUCCCAGGACAGUGCUGCCCGGACUGUUCUGCAGGCUGUACCUACACAGGCAGAAUCUUCUACAACAACCAGACCUUCCCGUCCGUGCUGGACCCGUGUCUGAGCUGCAUCUGCCUGCUGGGCUCUGUGGCCUGCUCCCCCGUGGACUGCCCCAUCACCUGCACCUACCCUUUCCACCCCGACGGGGAGUGCUGCCCGGUGUGCAGAGAUUGCAACUACGAGGGAAGGAAGGUGGUGAAUGGCCAGGUGUUCACCUUGGACGAUGAGCCCUGUACCCAGUGCACAUGCCAGCUGGGAGAGGUGAGCUGUGAGAGGGUCCCCUGCCCACGGGCCUGCUCCGACCCCUCUGGGCCCCCCGGAGACUGCUGUUCCUCCUGCCCAGAUGCCCCAGAGAGGAAGUCCGCGGAGGUUGGCAAAGCAGCUCGGAGUCCCCGUGGAGAUGCCGAGGCCCCGGUGAACUGUAGCUCCUGUCCAGGCCCCCCGGUGGUGUUGCCUCAGAAGCCAGUGCCCCAUGUCUUCCAGCUCCUCCUCAGAACGAACCUGUCUAACGUGCAGACUUUACCCACGAGCCCCUCAGGAGCCCGGGCCUCGCCCUCACCCCCUUUGGGGCCUGAGGGUACAUUCCCAGGGGAGCCCGCGGCCUCCCGGCCCUCACCAGGGCCUUCGAUCCCGCCGGGAGCCUCCACUCUACCUCCAGCCUCUCCCGGGGCUCCUGGGCCUCCUCCUGUGAUUCCAGAACCGUCCGCCUCCACCUCUGGGGUCCAGACAGGGGCCAGAAGGUCUUCUUCACCGGCCGUUCUCCUGACUGAAGCUUCAGCCCAUUCCACGGUGGCCCCCAGCCCCUCAGAGAACCUGGCCACCCUCCUCAGGCCUCGCAGACCCUCUUCCUUUGCCUCCAGACUCUCUGCGGUCCUCACGGCCACAGCCAGCUCCAGCCCCCAGUGGCCUGCUCCAGGGACCUCACGGGAAGACGAGUCCACCGGGUAAGCAGGCCUCUAGGUCGGGGCCCUGCCUGGGAGAUGCUGGACAGAGUAAAGGGCCAGUGGCCUUGGGUGCUGGCAGGGAGGCCCUGGGGCAAAUGAGGCCACUGACCCCGGAUGCUCACUUCUGACCUCCGGCUCCUGGAGGAAUGGAAAGUCCCCAGGACCCCAUGUAACCUCAUCCCCAAGAAGCAUUUGGAACGUCCUGUGAGAACAGCAAUCGGUACUCUCCAUGGUCAGUAUCCUCCUUGGACAGCACUGGGCUGUCCAGGGCUACUGGGCUCCCCGCUUUGGAAGAGAGGAGUCAGCGAAGACUCCUGAAUUCCCCUGGGACUGGGCCACCAGCUGUCCCGUGUCCCUCCCUGAGGUUUCCUGAUUAAAGCCUGUCUCAGUCCCCCA